UAUCGGACCCUUGUCCGCCCCAGAACGCCCUCCGCCCUCCUCUCUCUCUCUCUCUAGGCUGCACUGCAGAAGACCAGGCUUUGGGCUAUCCUUCCUUCCCUCCUUCUUCUUCUUCUCGCUGCUGUUGUUGGUUCUCCACGGCCCACGACGGCUAGGGGCUUUUGGCCGCAUUUUGAUUUCUCCUCCUCCUGCUGCUGCUGCUGCUCUCUUUUCAUUGUCUUUUUGUUCCUUUUAUCCUCUUUACCUUCUACUAUUUCUGAUUAGGGUUCUGUUUUAUUCUUUCACUAUUUCCCACGAUCAAUAUCUUGUACCAAUUUUUACCAUUCCUUGCGAGUUUUUCGUUGUUCUGCAUAAAAGGGAUGGUCUGAGAUUUUGGAGAAAAGCCGCAUUCUCGUUUCUCUCUCUCUCUCUCUUUCUGAGGGAGAGGUGCCUGCCGAGUGCCGUGUACAAAAAAGAAUUUGGGAUUUUGCUUCAUCUUCCUUCUUAGGGACCCGAGGGAUUUAGGGUUCCUUUCAAGCCAGCCAGACCAUUCACAAAACCCCAAAAAAAGAGAAAAAAAGAAAAAAAAGGAACAUCAUCAACUUACGAUUAUGGCCAACAAUUUGGACUUGCAGAUGAGCCCUCAAAUGGAGCAGAUCCACGGUGAAAUCCGUGAUAAUUUUCGUGCCCUCGCAAAUGGCUUUCAAAAGCUGGAUAAGAUCAAGGACUCCAAUAGGCAGAACAAGCAGCUGGAAGAACUUACAGGCAAGAUGAGGGAGUGUAAAAGGUUAAUCAAGGAGUUUGAUCGUGAAAUUAAGGAUGAGGAGAGUAGAAAUCCUCCUGAAGUUAACAAGCAACUCAAUGAUGAGAAGCAGUCCAUGAUCAAAGAGCUGAACUCAUAUGUAGCCUUGAGAAAAACAUAUAUGAGCAGUCUUGGCAACAAAAGGGUUGAACUUUUUGAUAUGGGAGCAGGUGCUAGUGAACCUACAGCAGAGGAAAAUGUUCAAAUGGCAUCAGAGAUGUCCAAUCAGGAGCUUGUCAAUGCUGGAAUGAAGACAAUGAAUGAAACUGAUCAGACCAUUGAACGCUCCAAGCAGGUUGUUCAUCAAACCAUUGAGGUGGGAACGCAAACUGCUACUACUUUGAAGGGCCAAACUGAGCAAAUGGGCCGCGUUGUUAAUGAGUUGGAUACAAUUCAGUUCUCAAUAAAGAAGGCAUCACAGCUUGUCAAGGAGAUUGGUAGGCAGGUUGCCACAGACAAGUGCAUCAUGUUUUUUCUAUUCCUCAUUGUCUGUGGAGUAAUAGCCAUAAUCGUUGUGAAGAUUGUGAAUCCCCACAACAAAAGCAUACGUGACAUUCCGGGAUUGGCUCCACCUGCUCCCACGACGAGGAGAUUAUUGUAUCUGAAGUCGGGGACAACCUAUUGAGUAAAUUUUGUAAAAUCAAAACAAAGGAUGUCUUCAACCAAAUUCGUGCUGUCCUGUGAGUUUCCUUUGGUGAAUGUGAGAGAUGAUGUUGCGGGCUGCUGUUGUUUUAUAGUGCUAAUCUAUUCUUAACUCGAGAUGUGCAUAUCAUAUUGUGUUUUUCUAUCUGUAAAUCACGGGUCUGAUUUAUAUAUAUAUUUUUUCACAUCCCCCUUUAUUUUGCAUUGUUGUCAA